AUGUCCGAUCGAGACCCCGCAUCCUCAUCGAGCAGCAGCUCCAGCUCCAGGCCACUCCCCACUUCCACCUCCACACCUAUCCGCCCACCGACCUCCACAGACACCCUCCACCCCCUUCUCGCCCCAAUAGGCGCACCAUCCUUUCACGCCCACCACGCACAUCCGGCCAUGCCCGCCGCACCGCCCAUACCCGAGAAAUGUCUCACUUUUUGCUCUCAGCGGGCGGACGCACCGCCCUUGUGCCGGAUGCUGUGCCUUCGCCGCCGGGCGAAAGUCCUGUCUCGAACGGAGGAUCUGGCUAGAUUAAAGGGGAAGAGCGUAAGGAGAGAUCCGGCGCAGCAGGCGGAACCGCAGCCGACACUACUUGAUCAAUGGACAAGUACGGCGAAUGGCAGUGGCGGCGGCGGCGGAUCAUCGAUGGAAGCGGCGAGGCCAUUCUCCUCCUUCAACCCAUUUUCAAGGUGGAAUUGGAACCCAUUCUCGGCGCUCAGAAAGGCGGUGGAGCCAUACUCGAUCAUCUAUGUUCGGGGGACACCGGACGGGGUAGUCGGGCGGUAUAUGGAGGAAAUGGAGGCGGAUGAUGGGAAUCGAGAUUUUGGAGAGACGAUCUCUAGGCAUGCCAAGCCGAGAGGAAGGGAAGAGCGGGUGAUGGAGUACUUGGACUGGGGCGAUGAGGGAUCGCUGCUCCACCUCCCGCUCUCCUCCGUCUUUCACCCAAUCACCUCCAUGCCCUCCACGGUCCGCACCAUCUUUACUCCCUCUUACAACAUUCUCUCCCUCUAUAUCCGCUCUUUCACAGAUGGCAAUGGCGCCCAAACCCGAGGCGCCAAAAACUUCCUCGAUGCAGCGUACAAUCUCGACGGAUUGACCUUUCUCGGCAAGGUCCGGGAUCAUCAUUCCAAGAUGGUGAAGCAGCGGUAUGAGAAGGAGGUGGAGAUGCAGAAGGAGGUCAAGAAAGCUCGAGAAAUCGAAGCGGAAAGAAGGAAAGAGAGGGCAGAGGAGGUGAAGCGGAAUAUGGAGGGGUUUACGGUGGAUCAGCCCACAGCGGGGGAUGAGGAGGGGAAGGGCCAAGGGCAUGGGCACGGAGAGGCAGAGGGAAAGAGGUAUCAGGGGGAGAUCGAUAGAUUGAGGACAGGCCAGGGAGGGAGUGCGUUGAGGAGGAAGAUAGAGGAGGCGAUGGAGAGGGAUGAAGAGUAUAGGAGGAGAAAAGCGGCGGCAAGUGCGGCGGGAACGGGGAAGGGUGAAGGCGGGCCAAAGUCGGACGAUGCGUAG